AUGGUCUUGAAUGGAGCGGCCGCUGUUGGAGCGGCAGUACAUGGGACUGCUGUUGGCGUUGCCGGUUUAGUGGCAAACGAUAAGGAUCUUCUUAAUGCUGCUGGGGAUAUUUUUGUAAUAAGUGGCGAGGCAGCCAAGAAAGUCGGCACCGGAGUGGUGGACAACGUCAACGGCAUUCUUAAUAGUACACCAGGUGUGGGACACAUUAAAGGAGGAAUCCAUGACCUUUGUGGUGAUGAUGAGGGUGCAAGGAAGGCCUAUUUUGCAGCCAACAGAAUGGUUGGAGUGAUUGGUGGGGCGGUUGCAGGUAGCAUUGGCGGACCAGCUGGUGCAAUUGCUGGCGGCAUAGCUGGUGGUGCUGCAAUGGAUGGCGUCCACACUGGAUAUGCAUCGCUUCAAGAUGACAAAUACAGUCCACAGGGUCAGAUUGCAGCUUGGACGCAGGUGCUCACAGCUGAAAAUGGUGAAGAUGUUGUUGACGGCCUUGUACAUGGAAUUGUUACACCUGUCUUCGACGGAAUCGUCGGCUACAAAAUUGGGAAAGCGGUUAAUGCCCUUGAAGGCCAAAGUCCGCAGGAAACAAUCGCUGGUGGAGGCGAGAAAGAGGGGUAUGUACCACAAAAGCGAAAAUUAGAUUACGACAGUGCCAAGAGAAGACAGCUUAAUGAUGGAACUGCAUAUAAAGCUGUCGAUCACCCAGAACACUUCCCGAAAUCUGCGUCGGCCACUGCCACAGUUGUCCAAGGAAGUGCUGGAAGAUUUGCGGACAAUCCAAACCAUCCAAACAAUCCGUAUCAAGACUUUGACGGUCCCGACUCGAAUGAGACUGCCGACACCAUUUCGUCAGAUUCUGUAAAAGAGACCUGGGAGUACGAAGCCGUUAAGUCGGUCGGAAAAACGUACGGUCUCAGGAGCAAAGUCGUCAAGCUGCCUAGUGGAUGUAAUGGGCGUGGGAUGCAACUUCUCAUUGAAGACAACAACCGCAGCGUCACUUUGAUUCAGCACGCUGGAGAUAAACAAUACGGUUUAUUCAUUGGAUCGCCGGAAGAGCAAGCCUAUGAACUACUGAGGACAGUCGGAAAGAAUAUCAAUGAAAAUACCGAAACACUGAACUUGCUUGGAUGUCAUGUCGAUAAAACUUUUGCACAACACGUUCAAUCCUACCUCAAUGCAGAUGUCCGCUACCACCACAUUACAGUUCAAGUUCUUCAGGUAACAAUAUUAUAA